UCCGAAUCAUCCUGGGGAUCUAGCGCUGACAAUCGACGGCGACUAUCACAUGGUGAAAUGUUCGUUAAGAUACAGACGAUGUUUCCGGGAUCUUGUUUUGGUGUAUUACGGUGUGUAAUUUACGUGCUGUCGACAUCAGCAAUAGGGGCUGCAGAGGAGAGAGUCUUGAUGUUGGUAAGAGAAGGAAACGGUGUCAACGUUGAGUCCGUUUGGAACCAGACAGGCAAUACCCACCCAGCUGAUCUGAACCCCCUGUUGCCCGUUGAAGAACUGAUUCCGCUGACUUUGGUCAGAAGUCCACACAUUGAUGACUGGAACAAUCCACCAGAUAGGAUUCACAUAAGAACGUUUAACGACCAAGGCGACAUACUGUGGGAGAUGGUGUUCGGGGUUCCAAUAGGGACCGGCCCGGCCUUACCGGAUCUACUGGUAGCAAGUAAUAUCCUAUCCUCCUCGUCUCCAGUUAGCGCCUCGACAGUCGAUAUUAGCUGGAGUAAACAGUCAUACCAGCUUUACAUCGGGAGCACUUUAGGAACGAAUUUGGCAUGGCUUGGUGUCUUUAACGGCCCGUUGACAAACGCUUCCCAAAACCAGUAUCCGGUCUUCCUUGUACCACGAUCUUCAGACGUUCCACUAACACUGGCUAUAGAAUCAUCCUCAAAUAAUGUUGCAUACACUUACGAAGGCUGUUGGCCGUUCGACGCACUUACGAGAACAUAUGGCGCUGAGGAUUUUCAGUAUAUGACACUACAGCUGUGUGCUGACCACUGCCGGGCGCUGUCCCUUCCACGCAUGUUGCUAGAGAUGGGGUAUAAGUGCCAAUGUGGAGAUUUCUCUAACUCACCGACCGGUAGAGUUGACAGCCAGUGCUUUAAAAGCUGCAACGGUGACACAAGUUCACCUUUCUUGUGUGGGGGCAAUUCUAACGUGUAUGCUGUCUAUCCGGUGCCGGACGCAUUACCGUUCCAGUACAGUUAUGAGGGAUGCUGGGGGAACUCAAACCUGAACAUGCAAAAUUACCUUUCUAAACCCUACAUGACCGUCACAAUGUGUAACAACGUGUGUUCGCCGAGGAACAGUCCUUUAUUUAUCAUACAGGCGA